CGCUACCAACACGUCGCGCAGCCUCGCGCUUAGCCGAGGGAGCCGUAACCUUGCACCCAGAUUGCAUCCUGUCAUCCAGCUGAAGCAAUACUUGCACCCAGAAGCCAGAUCUGCAGCCCAGCUGAAGCCAUGGACCAGCUGACCGAGCCGGCCACCCUCAAGGCCGCGGCCACGCUAAUCCUGCUCUACAAGGUCGCGCUCCCGCUGCUCUCCGGCAUCUACGCCCACUUCCUGCGCCCCGGUAAAAAGUUAAGGAAGUACGGCCGCUGGGCUGUGGUGACGGGCGCGACCGACGGCAUCGGCAAGGCCUUGUGUCUGGAGUUCGCCAAGCAGGGGCUGGAUGUUGUGUUAAUAAGUCGCACGCAGUCCAAGCUCGACGACGCGGCCAAGGAAAUUGAAGAGAAGUUUAACGUGGAGACCAAAACCAUCUCCGUCGACUUUGGGGGCGGUUUCGAUACGACAAAACAAAAUAAAGUAGCCAAGGCCCUCAAGGGCCUGGAUAUCGGCAUCCUCGCGAACAACGUGGGCAUGUCCUACCCCUUCACGAAGUACUACCACGAGUUAAGUGACGAAGAAUGCGCGAACCUCGUAUCUCUCAACACGGAGUCGACGCUCUUCAUGACGAAGCUUGUACUAGGAGACGAGACCCAGGGCAUGGUCGCCCGCAAAAGGGGCGCCAUCGUCAACACGUCGUCGGCCGCCGGCGUCCAGCCCUCUCCCUUAUUGGCUGGUUACGCGGCAGCGAAAGGAGGCAUCGUGCAAUUCACCAAAUCUUUGGCCUGCGAGCUCAAGGGUCUGGGGAUCGACGUCCAGGUCCAGACGCCGCUCUGGGUGACGACGAAGCUCGCCAAGAUCCGCAAGACUUCAUUAACUGUGCCCUCUCCGUCCACCUACGCGAAGCAGGCCGUCAGGUUCGUGGGCUACGACGUCGCCUGCUCGCCCUACUGGGCCCACGCUUUGCAACUGUCCGUCGCCGAUCUACUCCCUUCGUCGUUGCUGGCCGCGGCCGUCUUCUCGAUGCACCGCGCGAUCCGCAAGAAGGGCCUCAAGAAGGAGGCCGCCAAGGCCAAGGGGCAGUAGUAACUUUUCGUUUACUCGCC